AUGAUUUAUUAUAUAUUUAUAUGGUUAAUUUUUGUUAUUCUGCAGCAAUCUACGAUUGUUGAUGGUAUGACUAAUGAUAAUGAUCCUGAAUCACAAUGGUCUAAUGAAGAGGGUAAUUCUCAAAAUACACAUCGUAUUGUCCCAUCCAUGGCUACGAAUUAUUCGAAAAUGCCAUGGAUUUUUGAAUAUAAUUUAACAUCGCAAGACACUACUCAGUUUGGUCAAGGUGCUGGGGUCAACGCUGAUUUUAUGAUGUGUCUAACUACAAAUGGAAUUGUUCGUUGGAAACUUCCUCUUGAAUCUGAACCGGACAUGGAAUCAAUUGGUAUUUCCAAUGUUAUUUCUGAUCGUCAAGGACAUCUCUUUUAUACUAUCUCAUGGGCAGGUGAUACAAGGAUUACAGCGAAAAUUUGCCGUGUGACAAAUGUUCAAACAUCACAUCCUCUUCAAAAAUGUGUCGAAAAUUUUCAAUUGUUUGUAUACAUCAAAACACUACUAGCUCUUAAUGAAAAAUAUGAUCUUCUAAUUACAUCUGUCAAAGGUAAUGAAACUGAAUUGGUGCCAGCUGUUUUAAACAAAACAACUCUGGAUUUGUUAUGGGUGAAUAGACAUUUCUUCGGUGCUGGAAUACAUGGAGAUUAUAGAUGGGAUUUAAAUAUGGGUAACAUAUUUUGGAUAGGUGGUGAUGAUCAUCUAUUGAAAUUUGAUCAAAAAGGAGAGAAUCUAAUUAAUAAUGUUACACAGUUAGACGGAUUUGGUCGAGAUUUUGUUCUAGAUAGACAACAGCAAAUUAUUGUGAGACCAUGGCAAAACAUGACUAGUUCACCGUCGAAAUUUCUUGUUUCAUCACAUGAUGUAUCAACACAACAGAUAAAAUUACGUUGGAAUUGGCCUGCACCUCCCGCAAUUGCUGGCAAUGCCGAUAUAACACCACCUACUAUAGACGAGAAUGGUACGGUUUAUAUAUCCAGUAUGCCGCUGGCAUUUGCUAUCGACAAUCGAGGAAAAACAUUAUGGACAAGUGAAUUGGCAACAUCAAGUGAAAUGAAAAAAUUCGAAUUAGCUGCCUUUUGUAUUACAAUGAAUUCGAAACGACGGAUUGUUUAUAUAUUAUCUGGUUCAUCAUAUUCACACAAAUCAGAUAUCUUGUAUUUCAUCACUGCUGUUCACAUGGAUCUUGGAAAGAUAAUCAAACGCAUUGAUUUAAAUCUGGGAAAUGAUAAAGGCAUCACACCGAAAUGUCCAAUUUUAAUUGGUGAUGAAAUGUUUUACUUUUCUUGGUUAACAGGACAAUAUCCACAAUUAGUACCCUUCAAAGUCACUGGCAUUCCACAGCUUUAA